AUGGACAUCUUUGAAGCUUUACAAGACUUAGAAGCCAAAUAUGACUUUAUAUUUAAAGAAAAACAAAAGCUCGCUAUUACAUCUAUAUUUGACUGUCAGGAUACCUUUGUAGUUCUGCCAACUGGUUACGGCAAGUCCAAAAUUUAUUCACAUUUGCCAGAAUUGUACGAAAUUGUAACCCACGUCAAAGGCACAGUGUUAGUUAUAUCACCAAUUCAAGCCCUUAUGAUAGACCAGGUUACCAAACUUGAAAGCAAUGGUGUUAGUGCUACAUUCGUUGGAGAAAAGCAAACAGACAAAAGUAUUCCGGCACGAAUUAUUGAGGGUGAAUUCUCCAUUGUGUUUUCCUCUCCUGAAGCAGUAUUGAAUAAAGGUCCAUGGCGGAGAUGUAUUACACAAGGUGUAUUCCAUGAGAACUUGAAGGCAGUUGUUAUAGAUGAGGCUCACUGUAUAACACAAUGGGGUGGUGAAUUUCGCAAGGAGUAUAGUCAUCUUGGAGAACUUCGAUCUGUUGUGCCCAAAAAAACAACUUUUGUAACUUUAACAGCAACUGCAACAAGAUCAAUAAAGAAAGACAUUAUGAAAACACUUGAUAUGGACAUCAAAAGAACAAGCAUUAUUUCCGUGAUACCAGAAAGGCCAAAUUUAUCAUAUUAUGUGCAAAAAAGUAGUAAGAAUUUGGCAGAUUUAGACUGGCUAAUUAACGAUCUACUUAAAUUUGAAAAAUCCACCAAAAAGACAAUCAUAUAUUGCAGAAAUAUUGUUUCUUGUUCCAAUUUGUAUGAGUAUUUCAGACUAUCAUUAGAUGACAGAAGUGAAUCUCUAGAUGAUAGAUUGAUAGGAAUGUUUCACCGUUCAACUGCUGAUAUCAAUAAAAGUCAUGUGCUUGAUGAGUUUCAGAAACUUGACAGUUCUCUGCGUGUUGUUUUUGCUACCAUUGCGUUUGGAAUGGGUAUAGACAUUCCUGACAUUGAGCGUGUCAUUCACUGGGGAGGGCCACGAGGUCUAGAGCAAUUCUCACAGGAAAGUGGCAGGGCAGGCAGAGAUGGUCGUUCAGCCGUAUCAGUUAUUUACUUCAGUGGAUAUGACUUGGCUAAGGGAAACUGUUCAGAAGAAGUGCGAGAAUUUUGUAAGACUGAAGACUGUUUAAGGAAUACUUUGUGUGCAUACUUUCAAUUAGAUACAUUUGUACUAGUGGUUAUAGCGUUAUAA